GAUAUUUUUAUGUAUUUUAGGAUUUGCUUGAAUUGUGUGUAGAUGUGAGUUCAAGUUGUGUGGAUUGUGCAAACACGUUAGCUGGCGAGAUGGUUAACACAUACAAGUUUCUGCCGAACCUUGCCGACAAGCAGCUACUGAUAAAGUCAGUGUCGUCACAACUCCUGCAGUGCAAGCUGGUCCAGUAUGUGCUUGAGUCACAGUACGAUUGUAACCAAACUUUAGGUGUAGCAUUUCCCGACUCCCUGGAAGAUAUUAUACAGUGUUUCUUCAAGGUGAUGCCCCUAAAGAACCCCCUGACCCCUCCAACUACCCCUAAUGACGAUGUGUUUAGGGAAGAUGAUGGUCUAUUGAACAUGUUCUCGUCCGAAGUUACUGAAGAAAUUGCCAUUCUUCUGUACUUUGUUGUUGUCAGCUAUCUUCAAGUUUCAAAUGACAAAAUGUACAUGGCUCUACGUCUGCGUGUGAAUUUGCCAGAGAGGAAGAAAAGAUUGAGGACGGAAGAUGUGGAGGAGUUAGGAAGAAUGCACGAGCAUGUUGAUGACCUUGAACAUCACUUUAGGUGUAUGACCCCUGACCUCACAGAAAACACAGAACACUACCUUUUCUUAAUGAGAUGUCUGGGAGAUCUUGGCCAAGUUAGUAAUAAUAAUAAGUUUGGAAUCUGUGGAAAGAAGGUACAGCAAGAGUAAUACUAUAUUAGGAUUGUACACCCGUCCAGUAUUUGUGGAAGGUUCUAUAUUACAUCUUGUUACUUGAAAGAGGAGAGGUCGCUAUUUUGAGAAAGGGAGAGUUGAGGAAUUUUGAAACAAAGAGUCCUUUUUCUGCAACCUCUGAAAAAAAAAUAUAUCUGGAAGAUUGGAAGAGUUGUUAUCUUUGAAGACAUAUGGAAACUUCAGAUGGUGAAGUGAUAGGAACUGGAACAGUUUUAAUUCUGACACCCCUGCAGAUUGUUUAUAUAUGGAUAAGUUGAGAGGAGAGAACAUUCCUACACAGGUAGAUGCUGAAAGAUAGAGACUACAUAGCUGCAGCUAUCUCUACAGCAUAUUUACCUGAUUCUGUAUUGUAAUGAAAAUAAGUUUAUUUUACAAAAAAAGGGUAAAAUGGAUUAAUAGAAGGAGUGUAAUUGAUUUCCUGCUACCCCUAUUGCUAACAUUAUAUGGUUCUAUAUUGUAAAGGAGUUACAGUCCAUUUCUGUAAAAGGGGUAAAAUGGAUUAUUGUAAAUUUAUAUAGGCUUUCCUGCUAUCCCUAUUCUGCAUAUUAAACAAUUCUGUUUUGAGGGAAGUACAUUCUGCAGGAAAAGGUAAAAUUCAUCACAUGAAUUCAGUCCAAAGGGAGGAAUCUGAUUCAUUAGAAAGUAAAUUAGUUUUACACUAGCUCAGGAUUGAGAUCUCACUCGUGUAAAAAAAAAUGAAGAGGGCAAAACAACCUCACAGGAUUAAUUGUGAGGUAAAAAGACACAGUGCCUUUUGAAAGUAUUAAUUUUGAAACAAUAAUGUUUAACUGCUCAAAUACAUAACACAUUUCACCCAAAACAUCAUUUUAUAGAAAUCCUUUUUAUAGAAAAAAGUGCUAAAAUGUUAUUGUUUUUCACUCUUAUAUUAACCUUAUCUGUAUUAUGAAUAACCGGUAGCUAUUCUAAGAUAAUUUAGACAUAAGAGAGGUUGGGAUUUCAAUAUGCAUACAUGUAAAAUUAUAAUUUGUGUUGACCAUAAAUUUUGUGCUAGAUUAAUAGUUUGGCUUGCUACACAAUAUUUACAUUUGCCUUAUUUUUUUCCAUUGAAAAUUAUGAUGUUCAUUUUGUAUGAACAGCAAAAGGAAAGGUGCAAAAGUUACGACAAAACUGCUUAGUGAUAACAGACCGCUGUUUGGACCAACGUCCGCUUAUAGUCAAGGAGAACAUUCCUUAGAUGACGUCAUAGUUAUUCCGUCUGGUAAACAGGUGGCCGGGAAGCUGAUUUUUAAUGUUAAAUGCAACAAAAUAUAUGCAGUUUAUAAUGUAACCUUGUUUACAGAUGGAAAGGAAAUAUGAUAUAUAUAUAUAUAUAUAUAUAUAUAUAUAUAUAUAUAUAUAUGAAAUGAAUUUUUUUUUUUGGAGUUCAUGCGAAAUGAACGACAGAAUAGGAUCAGCAAAUUAAACAUGAAUCGCUAGCACGAUUCAUUGAUUUGCCGAUACUGUUCUGUCAUUCAGUUCAUGUGAACAAAGAAAAAAUAAUUUUAUUUCUUAAUUAACAUACACAAUAUUGAACUUCAAAGUUCUGUUUUGUAUGUUUCCCUUAACCUUUAGCCUGCUGGCGGCAAGUGUACCUUUGCGACCAGUGCAGAUCAAGAUCAGCCUGCACAUCCAUGCAGUCUGAUCAUGGUCUGCACUAUUCAGUCAGUAAAUUUUCAGUGAUCACCCCUUCAAAUAACAAAUGGUAUUGUCCAAAUUGAAUAAUGGACCAGUCCAUUUUAGAAAUUUAGAAGGCUAAAGGUUAAGAUAGUGCACCUAUAAUGACUCUUUGCAGUUUUCAUGUGUUAACAUAUUCUUGUUGGGCAGGUUGGUAAUCUUCAGAAGUAAACAUAUCUUAACAUGCAUAUGGCUUCCUGGGAAAAAAAUAGCGAAUACCAGAAUCAAAUAUGAAGAAUAUGUAAUUUGCCAAUUGUUUUUAGCAGUCCACUACCUAAACGUUUUGUCUACAAAACUGGAUUUUCAAUUAAUGUUAACACCUUAGACACUUAGUGAAUUAUAUAUGAAAGCAAUACUUAACAUACAGUAUUACCUAUUCCAGUAUGAAGUCUCAGCCUCUCUGUUAUGUAAAUAUUGACCUAUUUUUUCAUGCUUUCAUAUAUUAUGACUGUGUUAAGUCGUUCCUGCUGUGUGUUUUAAAGAGAAAUUAAGAGGUUAAGUGUAAUAUUUUGACUUGUUGUCCUUGUUAACAUUAUGGAUGAACAUGACAGUCAGGUUAUAAACAUUUCUGUUUAAUAAACUUUAUCAGUCGACUUGUACAAUUGAAACUCAUCCAAUAUGCCAAAUCCUGCAUACAUGGCAAAUAAUUGAGUUCCGCUGUGCAAAACACAACUUUAGGGCUUUAUGACUGUUUGAUAUGUUUUUAACGCAGUCCGAUCCAGAAAGCUUGUCAUAUACAUACAAGUGCUGAAAUAAUUAAACAGUCAGCGUGUUCAUGUGGGGAUAAAUAAGCAGUGUGGAUGUGCAUUGGUCUGGAUCCUUGCUGGUCACAAAGUCCUUACUUAUUUGGGUUUUUUUCCAAAGCGGUGUUCAGUUAUUUAUGUUAAUGUUAAAAGAUAUGGUUUUCUAGUAUUUUUGAUCGAAAGCAUUUAGUGUAAAUGUUGAGCAAUAUCCAGGCUUUCUGAAUAACCAUCUCGUCAAAUGUUGUAUGCUUCUAUUUAGCAGAAAUUUUUGUGUAAAGAUAUGAAAUCCAUUUAAAGCGAUUCAAAUCUUUAUUUACUUUAAAGGUGGUGGCAUUAUUUUCAAUGAAAUAUCCAAUUUUCAUAUAAUUUUCUUGUCUCUGAUUUUUUGGUGGGUUUAAUAUGGGGGUUACCUGCUUGAAUAAGAUAUAAAUGACUGUUGCAGUAUUCUUUUAUAAGCAUCUCAUUAAAGUCUCUUAAGAUAGAGCAUUAUUUUUUCACUUUUUGUAUUUUUGGAUUAGACUGAUACUUAAGCUUGUUAUUUCUUUUGUUUUGUUUUUGUGUAUUUGUUUAUUUUUCUUUUGCCUUUUGUACAAUUUAUUGAUGUCGGAGAUUUGACACUGAAUAUCGAAGGCUGAAUGGAAAACUACAGUAAAUCCUUUCUUUUUAUAUGUGUUGCCAUAGUUUUCCAUUCACGCCUCAAUAUAUCUUCAUAAAUCGAAUAUUGCUUUUUAGCUCUACUUUACUUUGGCCAAGCUGAGCUAUUAGUAUAGGUGGAGCGUCCGUCAUCCAUCAUCCCUGCAUCAUCAUUUUACUUAAACAUCUUCUCCUUUGAAACUAUCGGUAAGAAUUACACCAAACUUGGUCAGUAGCAGCCUGGCAUGGACCUCUAUCAGGUUUUUUUAGGGACCGCUAGAGCUAAAAAUAGAAAAAACCUUUAAAGAACUUCUUCUCAUGAACCACUUGAUGGAUCUUCAUUAAACUUGGUCUGUAGCAUCAUUAUAAGGUCCUCUUCCAAUUUUAUUCAAAUGGGGAUACUUGACCUCUUUUAAGGGCUGCUAGACCUAAAAUUAGAAAUACCUUUUAACUACAUCUUCUGAACUGCUAGAUGGACUUUCAUCAAACUUGAUCUGUAGCAUCAUUAUAAGAUCCUUUCCCAAGUUGAUUCAGAUGGGGGCACUUGGCCCCUUUUAGGUGCCACUAGAGCUAAAAAUAGAAAAAACCUUCAAAAGACUUCUUCUUGGGACCUGCUGGAUAGAUCUUCAUCAGACUUGGUCUGUAGCAUUAUUAUAAGGUCCUCUUCCAAUUUUAUACAUAUGGGGGCACAUGGCCCCUUUCAGGGGCCGCUAGAGCUAAAGUUAGAAAAACCUUUAAACGACUUCUUCUCAUGAACUGCUGGAUGGAUCUUCAUCAUACCUGGUUUGUAGCAUUGUUAUAAGGUCCUCUCCAAAUUCUGUUCAAAUGAAACGAUUGCUCCCUUUUGGGGGCUACCAGAGCUAAAAUUAGAUAUGCAUUUAAAUGACUUUAUCUCAUGUACUGUUUGAUGGAUCUUCAUCAAACCUGUUGUAGCAGAUCAUUUAAAGGUCCUUUCUAUAAUUUGUUCGAUUGGGGGCAUUUGGCCUGUUUCAUUAUGGCCCCCUUUGAAGGAGGAGGGGUAUAUUGUUUUGCAGAUGUUGGUCGGUUGGUCUGUCGGUCAGUCGGUAUGUAGACCAAUUGGUUUCCGGAUGAUAACUCAAGAACACUGGUGCCUAGGAUCAUGAAAGUUAAUAGGGAGGUUGGUCAUGACCAUCAGAUGACCCCUAUUGAUUUUGAGGCCAGUAGGUCAAAGGUCAAGGUCACAGUGACCCGGAACAGUUAAACCAUUUCCGGGCGAUAACUUGAGAGUGCUUGGGCCUAGGAUCAUGAAAUCUGAUAGGGAGGUGACCAGCAGUUGACCCCUAUUGAUUUUGAGGUCAGUAGGUCAGAGUUUAAGGUCACAGUGACCCGGAGCAAUUAAACCAUUUCCAGACAAUAACUUGAGAAUACUUGGGCCUAGGAUCACGAAACCUAAUGGGGAGGUUGAUCAUGACCAGCAGAUGACCCCUAUUGAUUUUGAGGUCAGUAGGUCAAAGGUUAAGGUCACAUUGAUGCAGAACAGUAGCACAUUUUUUGGCCAAAUAACUCUAAAGAAAAUGCUUUGGUUUAAGAUCACAUUUGUUAUAGAGGUCACUUAUGACUGGUAAAUGACCCAUAAUUAUUGAUUUGAGGUUAGUACGUCAAAUGUCCAGUACACUGUGAACAAAUAAUUUCUGUUCCUUGUGCAGUUACUGAAUGCAUCAAGGGGGGCAUUUCGUGUUCUACAAGCUCUUGUUGGCCAUUAGAGCUAAAAAUAGAAAUACCUUUAAAAGACUUCUUCUAAUGAACUGCUUGAUGGAUCUUCAUCAGACUUGGCCUGUAGUAUCAUUAGAAUGUCCUCUCCAAAUUUUAUUUAGAUGGAUUUAGUUAGCCCCACCAGGACUAAAAAUAAAAAAAUACUUUCAACAUCUACUUUUCAUGAACUGCUUGAUGGAUUUUCAUCAAUCUAUAUCAGUAGCAUCUAUAUAAGGUCCUCUCCAAAAUUUGUUGAUUUGAAGGUGCUUGGGCCCUUUUAGGGGCAGCUAGUGUUAAAACUAAAAAUGCCUUUAAAUGGAUUCUUAUGAACCGCUUGAUGAAUCAAACGUGAUUUGUAGCAUCAUUGUAAGGUUCUUUAAUAAGUUUGUUCAGCUGGAGACACUUGGUCCCUUUUUUGGACUGCUAGAGUUAAAAAUAGAAAUACUUCAACGAACUUCUUCUCAUUAACUCCUUGGUGGGUCUUCUUUAAACCUUGUCUGGAGCAUCAUUAUAAGGUCCUUUACCAUGUUUGUUCAGAGUGGGGCACUUGGCCCCAUUUGGUCUGUAACAUCAUUAUAAGGUCUUAUGUCAAAUUUGUUCAAAUGGGGGCCCUUGGGGCCCUUUUAGGAGCCACUAGAGUUACAACAGAAAUACCUUUAAAUGAUUUUAUCUGAUGGUUAUGCGUUUUUGUUUUUUUUGCAUAACAGCAAAAUAUAGAAUUUAUUUAAAUAACUUGUUUUAAUGAACAGCUUAAAAGAUUUUCACCAAACCUAGUUAGAAGCAAAGUCAGAUGGUUAAGGUUUUCUUCAGGUGAGCGACUUGGGGCCCAUUUUGGCCUCUUGUUUUGUAUAAUUUUAUUAAUGUCAGAGAUUAGAUAUAAGAAUCAAAUGGCAUUACACUAACUUAUAUUGAAUAAAAUGUUGAUGCAAAUCUUCACCUUAUACACACGCUCAUCAGAUUAUCACAACAUGCUUUCAUAUUUGAAUAUACAUGAAUAUUUUGUUUUAAAUGGACCCCCCCUACAGAUAUAUGUCACGGUAUUGAAAUUUUCAACACGGGAAACAGCAUCUGAAAAAAAAACUGAACUAAUGACUUAGUAGGGCCUGUUAUUUAACCUUUAGCCUGCUGAAGGCAAGCGAUUUUGCCUUUGCGACCAGUGCAGACCAAGGUCAGCCUGCAUGACCAUGCAGGUUGACCUUGGUCUGCAGUGUUUGCUGUUCAGUCAGUAAAUUUUCAGUUAACACCCCUUCAAAUUGUCACCUUAAUUCUAGAGUGAUGCAAGUCCAUUUUUGGCAAAAUUGAGAUUUUAGUGUCAUUAGGUAUGUCUCUGUUUUUGUGGCCUUGUAGAACUAACAUAAACAGGCUAAAUUUUAGUUCAACAAGACUGUAAGUAGUAUAAAGUCAUUGACACGCAAAUCUUUAAACGUCAUUUCCCAAAAACUAUCAAAAAGGAAGUUACGGCAUUGUGGAAAUAAGGCGACGAAAUAAUAAAUGGUACUGCCCAAAUUGAAUGAUAGACCAGUCCAUUUCAGAAAUUUAGCAGGGUCAAAGUUAAGCCUAUAUGUUUUUGGUAAAUUGUGAAAUACAGCUUUCAUUUUGUGUCACAAUUUUACUGCAUUGCUUCUGUGUCAGACACUUUUUGUACAUAUAUCAUAUAUACUUUAAUAGAUGACUACUGCAAAUUCCGA